AUGCAAACAAUAAAAUGUGUUGUGGUUGGUGAUGGUGCAGUUGGUAAAACGUGCCUUCUGAUCUCAUACACAACCAAUAAGUUUCCCAGUGAAUAUGUGCCAACUGUAUUCGACAACUAUGCUGUGACAGUAAUGAUUGGUGGUGAGCCGUACACUUUGGGCCUAUUCGAUACGGCAGGCCAGGAAGAUUACGAUAGGCUACGACCACUUUCUUAUCCUCAAACCGACGUUUUUCUUGUUUGCUUUUCCGUUGUUGCACCCUCCUCUUUCGAGAAUGUCAAAGAAAAGUGGGUUCCAGAAAUAGCACAUCAUUGCGCUAAAACACCAUUUCUGUUGGUGGGUACUCAAAUCGAUCUGAGGGAAGAUCCGUCAUAUCUUGAGAAACUAGCGAAGAAUAAGCAGCGACCGAUCUCAUCAGAUGUCGGUGAAAAACUGGCCAAAGAGCUGAAAGCUGUCAAAUAUGUCGAGUGCUCCGCCCUCACUCAGAAAGGACUGAAGAACGUUUUUGAUGAAGCCAUACUGGCAGCUUUAGAGCCUCCAGUGCAAGAUAAGAAGAAAAAAUGUUCGAUACUGUAA